AAUACGGCCUUAGUAACUUCCUGCCAGACUGUUCAGGAAACCAUUACUCAACUUUAUAGAACAUAUAAAAUUAACUAAGCAUACUAGACAUAGUCAUUGUUUAUCUCAAGGUCUGGCAGCAGAAGAAAACGUUAACUUUUUCACAAUGAGUGCUUCAGGCGAAUUUGGCAACCCAUUGAGAAAGUUCAAACUUGUAUUUCUUGGGGAACAAAGUGUUGGUAAAACUUCACUAAUUACAAGGUUUAUGUAUGACAGCUUUGAUAACACAUAUCAGGCCACUAUAGGAAUAGACUUUCUUUCAAAAACCAUGUAUUUGGAAGACAGAACGAUACGUCUACAAUUAUGGGACACCGCAGGGCAAGAGAGAUUCCGCAGUUUGAUUCCUAGUUACAUUAGAGAUUCUUCAGUAGCUGUUGUUGUCUAUGAUAUUACAAAUGCAAAUUCCUUCCAUCAAACAUCAAAGUGGAUUGAUGAUGUUCGAACAGAGCGAGGGAGUGAUGUGAUAAUCAUGCUUGUUGGAAAUAAGACAGAUCUUUCAGAUAAACGACAAGUGUCAACAGAAGAAGGAGAGAGAAAAGCAAAAGAGUUAAAUGUGAUGUUUAUUGAAACAAGUGCAAAGGCUGGUUAUAAUGUUAAACAAUUAUUUAGACGAGUUGCUGCUGCUCUUCCAGGAAUGGAACAAAAAGAUGAUAAAAAUACAAUGCAUGAUGUUGUUCUUAAGCCUGACGCCCCCGCAGAACAGCAGACGCCAGAAGGAGGCUGUGCAUGCUAGAACUUGUCACGUUUUAACCUCUGAUCAACUUUAACCUUUUUGUGUUUGCGCUGAUGAAUAUUACGCACUGUUUAUCUUUAUUUUAUAGCAAAAAUGUACCACCAAUUUAGAAGUAAUUGAAGACGUUUAAUCUGGAUAAUUCAAAAUAAAGUACUAUAAUUUAGGAUACAGUUUAGCAGACUAUUAAUUUUGAACAUAAAAAGGCAUGGGUGUUUAGUGUAAAAACAAUUUUUUCUUUUCAUCAGUAGAGAAUUGUUUCAUGGAAUUUGAUUUGCAACAUUUGACAAUGAACUAUUGCAAUUUUUAAAUGGUUUUUUGUGACAGACAAUAAUUUAUUUGGCUAUGAUCAUCUAUAAAUUUUAAAAACUUGUUGGUUGAUGAAUAUAUAGGUAUUGAAAAUAAACAGUUGUAAUAUGAAUAUGCAAUGACUGUAAGACUGUUAACGGUGAAGACAACACCUAAGUGACAACCUGUAUAUAUCUGUAUAUGUAAAUUGUCUUAAAACAGUGCUUCACCCUGGCCCAAGUAUAAUUUCAAGAUGUCUGACUUGAUUUCUACCAUCCAUUGAGAUACCAACACAAUGUGGAAAACUAGAAAAAACAAAUAUCUUGAGAAAUAGUCAGCCGUCUUGAAUUAUGCAGAUACUUUGAGAACCACUGUUAUAAAGACAAGUGAAUUGGGGCACAUUCUUUCAUUUAGCUUGAUAUAUCUCUUUCCUAGAUCCCAUCCAUUUGUGAUUUAUUUUUGCUACACAUUUCUUCCAAGAAAGAAAUGUUGUGCUUUAUCAAUAUGAUCAAAAUCUCAAGUAAUGUUAAUGUUUUUUUGUAUCAUAAACAUACUGUGUUGUGGUGUAGGGAUUAAUAAUAGUUGCUAGGCAUAUUUAGUAUUUAUUUAAUAUUUUAAACUUCACAAAAGUGAUUUCUCUAAUGUUUGUAAAAUAAAUUUGAUCAAUGAACAAUCAAUACUGAUUAUCAAAGAGUUCACUUUGGGCCUGAUAACUAUUAAUUUAUUAUUUUUAACAUGUUUUUUCUAACACAAAUAUUGCAUCUUAAAAAAAUUGAAUGAACACGGCACUUUGCAUUCAUAUUUAAAAACCAAUCCUGCAACAGAUGAGUGUUGUUGAUUGAAUGUAAUUUUUACAUUUGAAGGUAUAAUUUUAACAAGUGUGGCCGCAAGCUAAUUGUUUUGCAGAAUUUGUAACUAAUUGGCUUUUUACUCAAACUCGUUUGUCACUCUAGUUCUGGCUGUCUGAUAGCAGUCAUAUAGAAAGGCAAAACCAUAUAAACAGCAUGCUCAUUUCUUUCAUACACUCAGUCUUAUGUUUGUAUUUUUUAAGUUUAUUUGUUUUGCUGAAAAUAAUUUCAAAAAAAUUUUCAGUACCAUAUAUUAAAUAUGAUAGUAAAAUCGACCUAGGUAACUGAUAAAUCAGUUUAAAGUACUUAAUGUUGUUUAGUCUGUCGUUUAACAGAAAUUAUGAAAUUUUACAGACGUGUGUAGGAAAGCUGUGAUUUGAUAUCUGUUCUACUUUGUACAGUCUCACACAUCAGUCUAGAAUUUUAAGGACUUGAGGCAUUUUUUUUUGUAGACAAUUUAAGCCUUGUAAUUCCAGGUUGUAGGCUGGUUAGAUUAGUUUUCAAGCUUUGUUAAAUUUUUGGGAAAGUGUGACAGCUCGGCUUGAUGUAUGGUUAAUGUUGGCUGUGUAAUCUUUUUCUACUAUAUGAUGCCCUAUGUGUGGAGCACAUCACUGCUAUGUACCAGUGUACUAACUAUGCUAUGGUUGUUUUUAUAAUAUGAUUUUCUUUUUCUUAUUUGGGUUUUAUUUUCUCUAAAGGCUUGAGUUAUAAUCGAGUGUUAACGUUCUCUUAGAACUUUCUCUGAGAAGUCGUAUUAUUUAUCUACUUGUCUUGUAAAGUUCUAUAUUGGCUCGCAGUUCACCAAAAAAUGCACCAAAGUUUUGAAGUUAAAGUUAUUCCCCCCCCCCCAAUCAUUGUAUUUUUUGUUUAAUAUUUUAACUGCAUAAAAACAUGAUUGAUUUUUAUCUAGUGUAAACAUUUAUUGAAGUACUGUGUGCCUUUUUAUGGGAAGCAUUCAUUUAUUUUAACUUUAAGCUUUUAAAAUAAAAGUACAAGAAUAGGCUUACCUAAUUAAUCUUCAUGAAUAACUGUAUUGACCAAAUACUGCCACACAUUUCAAUUUCCCUCUGUCAAAUUUGUGAGGAUGACUGCACACUUAAAGCUGUAGUAUUGCUUUUAUCUAAAUUAAUUCAGUUACCUCCCCUGUACAUGUACAUUUUUGUAUUGCUUAUAAAUAGUCAAAUCAGUCAUAGAGAUAAGUCUUUUUCUAGUAUUCCAUUUUCUACAUUUGUAAAGAUCUUCCUGCAUGGUUUUUAAAGAAAAUCAUAUUCAUAAGAGGGUUGCUUUAUAAAAUUAUAGCUUGUAAUUAGAGUGCAUGAAAAUAAAUUUAUGUACAUUAUGUCUUUUGAUGAACCAUGUAAAACUAAAUACUAUGCAAAAACUAAAUUUAGUAUUUAAAAAAAAACCCGCAUCUACCUAGAUCAGUUUUAUAGAUUGUGUUUUUGUGUUAUAAUUAACCAGCAUGUCUGUAACACUGGAUUUGCAAUAUAUAUUUUUUUUAUUGGAUUACACAAACCAUGACCAAAAUGAACGUUAUUUUUUUUAUACUUAAGCUACUAAAAAAAUCAGAAUCUAUGUUCGCCUGAAUGUCUAAUUUUUAAUAAUUUGACUUAAAAUAUACACUUGGAAAGGGAAUUUUUUUUUUUCAUUUUGUUUUGUGGUUCAUCAUUAGCCAUACAUGGAGAUGUAUGUAUGGAAAUUGUGAUUAGUUAUAAAAAAAUACUGAUCAACAUACUGUUUUGGUGGUAUUUGUAAGUUAUAAUCCUGCCACUAUCCUACAUUUGAGUAUUUGUGGCAAUAUUCCAUACAGACAUAAAUCCUUAUUUGUUGCCGAUGGUGGUAGGAUGGUGACAGACAAGUAUUGUUUUAUUUAUAUCACUGACUUGACUGUUAGUUAAACAAGGUUUUAAUUUAUCACUAGUGGUAUUAGUAUGUAUGGCUGUUGUCAUGACAACAAUAAUUGUGGAGAAUUUAUUCAAUAAAAUUAUGUGUAUUUUUA